AGGUUCAAUCUGCUAUCAGCACUUGCAGUCUUCACCGCGCUUUCGAGUCACCAUGGUCAAUGCUCUUAACAGUAUGGAAAACAGCAGCCCUGGGCAGGUUGCAGGACAGAGCGUCCUCCUAGCUCUGAUCCCAGCAGGGAUCAUGUUCAUCGGCAGUCUGCUAACAAUCAUGCUGCCUCGGCCUCCUCCAAAAGUAAUGGCACAUGCUCUCCAACAUCUCGCCGCAGGGAUCGUUUUUUGUGCCAUCGCGACUGAGCUGGUGCCUCCCUUAGCAGCAGCGAAGAAGGCAGCGAGCAUCGGCGGUCUCGUUGUGGGGUUUGUGCUGGGAGUUGGUGUCAUGCUGGGACUCUCCAUAUUCCUUGAGCCCCCCGAGGAGGAUGCAGAGGAAGUUUCGACGGAAUUGUCACAGGAUGUCAACACCAAUGGCACACUCCCUCGGGAAGCUGAGACAAUCAAGAUACAGAACACGCACGAUGCAAGACCUUCAUUGGACGGGAACCUCGCUGGGCGCAUGUCUCAGGACGGAAUCGCCCAUCACGGCCGACAUGUUCGAUCGCUGGUUGGCCAAGCGUAUGAGCACUUCGAGCAAAGUUCAGGCAUGCCGAACCAGCAGGAGGGCGAGCUCAAACAGGAGGGAGAUAGCCGCUCUCCACACGAGAUUCCCAGUGGUCCCACCAGCACCAAUCCUGACAACUUCGAUGGGAAAUCAUCAGCUGUCCCGUCCAGCCAAAUCCAAGCUGAGACUUCGUCAACAUAUCUCAACCCUGAUGGGACAUCAAGAGGGGAUGCAAGGAAAUAUACUGCAGAGAACAAUCUCCAAACAUUGAGACCCUUUCCCUACCUUUUUGCAAUGUGUGUGUAUGUGGAUUCAAUCAUGGACGGCUUGUUGAUUGGAAUCUCUCUCAUCACAGGAAACAGGCAAGCCGCCCUCCUGUCAAAAGUACAGGCUGUGCUGUCACGACUGACUAUCGUUGUUUUCAGUGCUGGAGUCUUCAUGGCCAUUGCCUUGUGCGUGGAGAUGGGAUUUCUUGGGCUUACGUUUGCGACGACCUGUGCUGGUCAUCCCCGGUUGAAGGCUGGAAUCGCAGUUGUACUGGGUCCCCUCUUCCUCCUGUUCGGCGCCUGCAUCGGAGGACUUGUCGCGCAUGCGCUCUCAGCUAACGAGCCGGCCCUGGUCGCCUGCACUGCUUUCGGGGUCGCUGCUCUGUUGUACAUGGUGUGUGAGGAGCUCCUGGUGGCAGCACACGAAGAGGGAGAUGACCAUGUGUGGUGGGUCGACAUCCAGGUGUACGUUGGUUUCCUCCUUGCGCUUCUGCUCGAGAAGGCCAUGGGACAGUAUUGA